AUGAUUGCCUCAUUAGAGACUUGGGGUGCGGGUGAGAUUAGCGACGAGGAGCAUCGAGAAGCACGUAAGGGCUUCUAUUCACUGAUCAGGAGAGCUAAAAGAGAGUGCUGGGAGGGUUUCCUUCAGGGCACGUCUGAGGGCUCUCUGCCAGAUCAGAAACGGUGCUGGACAGCCUUACGCUAUACUAAACCACAAACACAAGGCACCACACCAGCCCUCACCGAUGAGGCCUCAGGGGAGGUGAUUGCAGCCACCUUUAGCGAGAAGGAGGAGGUUUUUAGACACCGUGCUUUUCCACAGGCUCCAAACAGUAACAUGGAGUUACAGCUUCCUGAGCGAGGAUCGGCCCACAAGCUGGUUAACGAGGAAGUUGUCAAGAAUGCCCUCUUUAGCCAGGGACUAGAGAAAGCUCCAGGUACAGAUUUACUGAACUUCAGGGCUAUCAGGCUCUUAUGGAAUCUAGAUUCGGAGCGUGUGGUUAGCCUGACUAGGCAGUGCCUUAGGCUUGGGAUACAUCCACGUGUCUGGAAAACAGCCAAGGGAGUUCUACUGAGAAAGAACGGUAAAACCAACUACACACUGGCUAGUGCGUAUCGAGUGAUAAGCCUAUUGAAGUGCCUAGGCAAGGUAAUUGAGAAGCUCGUAGCAGAGUUAAUUACAAACUUUGCAGAGGCUCAAGACCUCUUCCAUGAUGGUCAAUUUGGAGGCCGUCGGCAACGCAGUGCAAUUGAUGCUGUGGCAUGUCUAGUUGAGGAGAUCCAUCAAGCUUGGGCAAAUAGAAAGUUAGCUGCAGCUCUAUUUAUGGAUAUUGAGGGGGCCUUUGACCAUGUCAUCCUAGCAAAACUGGUAGAGGUACUCAGAGAGGCUAGCGUGGAUGGAGAUCUUAUACAUUGGGUGAUCUCAUUUCUAUCUGACCGGCGAGUCACUCUUGUGAUUGAUGGACACGUGGGAAAGGAAGUACCGAUAAGCUCUGGGUUACCUCAGGGCUCUCCGGUGUCACCCAUUCUCUUUGUUCUAUACGUUCAUGGGCUAUCAAGAGCCAUUGAGAGGAGUGUGCCGGAGGUUCGAUGUCUAUCCUUUGUGGACGACCAAGGCCUAGUAACAGCCGCAAGCUCAGUGAAGGAGGCUUGUAGGAUCCUCGAGAAAGCCGCGGAAGUAGCUAUCGAGUGGGGGGUGGCUAACGGGGUACAAUUUGAUCGCAAAAAGACUGAGGCCGCUUUCUUUUAUAGACGACACAGACGUCAAGUGGCCCAAAACGUAUCUCGAGCCCGGAUCAGGGUUGGAGGCGAGUCGGCAACUGUCAAAUCUACAGUACGGUGGCUAGGGAUACUCCUAGAUAACCAACUUACAUGGAAGAGCCACUACAACGCUCGAAUUAAGACAGCAAGAAAUACGAUAAUCAGGUUAAACUCACUCUGCAGAGCUAAUGGGUUACCUCCAGCAUUAGUGAGGCGCAUACAGAAGGCUACAGUGCAAGCCCAAUUGCUAUGGGGUGCCGAGAUAUGGUGGCAAGGCCAGAAAACAUGGGCACAAAGGAUCCAGAUUCUGAUCAAUAAGCAAGCCAGAGGUAUUACGGGCAUGUUCCCAAAAACCCCAAUCGGAGCCCUAAUCAGAGAGGCAGCGUUAGAGCCAGCGACAGUCUUACUGGACGCUAGAGUAGCUCGAUAUACAGCGAGGCUACUAGCUCUGCCUGACACGCAUCCUACAGCGCAGAUACUUCCAGUCACCCUCAGACAUGGUGACCUUCACGCACAGCCUGGAGAGCAACCACUGGACGACCGGGAAUGGGCCUCUAGAGACAACAAGAUGCUAAAUCGACUCGGCCAAAGGCUUGCAAAGCACCUUGCUCAACGGUUGAACAGAGACCCCUCUGGAGGAAUUGAGAGAACUGAACAAUGCGAGCUCCAAGGCUUCCCAGGCUCGAUCCGAGUACUUGACAAGGAAGAGGCCCUAACAGAGGCUAAUCAACAGCGUGCUGGAACAACGUUUUGGUCCGAUGGCUCCAGACUCGAUACAGGACGUGCAGGAGCCGGUGUCACUUUACAGGCUGUACCUGAAGGCCCCUGGGAACACGUAGAAGUGCCAAUGGGCCACGGACACGAGGUCUUUGACGCAGAACUAGUGGGAGUAGCCACAGCCCUUGAAUGGGCACUGGAGAGGCAACCUCUUGGUCCUAUCUGGGUGUUACUUGACGCACAGAAUGCUAUUGAUCGCCUCAGAUCGACAAGGCCAGGCCCUGGGCAAGCCCUUGUUCUUAGGGCUCACAGGGCAGCUGAGAAACUAGCCUUGAGAGGCCAGCCAGUCACAAUACAAUGGGUCCCAGGCCACUCAGGGAUUGAAGGGAAUGAGCAGGCUGAUCAAGCUGCUAAACGUGCAGCUAGUAAACAAACCGCGCCUGGUUUUGAGCACCUAUCUCUGGCGCACGUUAGAAGGGCUUGCACGGAAGCAAGGAGAGCUGCAGUAUCUGAAUGGGCUCAAAUCAAUGCUGUACAAGGCAGGCAUAGAGACGGACGUGUCUACAAGAUGCCUCGAGGUUGGAACCUUGACCCAGUGGCAGGAAAAGCUCCAAAAAGAGUGGCUAGUCGUUACUACCAGUUAAAGACAGGACAUGCUCCAAUUGGCACCUAUCUAUACCGGAUAGGCCAACGGGAAUCGCCUGAGUGUCAGGCCUGCAAGGAACCUCAUGAGACAGUAAGGCAUGUACUCUUUGAGUGCCGUGGACGUCGUGCAGGACGAAGAACUCUCUAUCAAGCCCUCAAAAAAGCAGGCGUGCCACUGCCUACAGCGGCUGAGGAAGACCCCGAGGCUAGGCUAUUUGCUGAGCCUAGGGCGACGCAGGGUUUGCUGCAAUUCGUGGCUGAAGCCAACCUAUUCAAUGAUAAUGAGCGGACAGCCAGAGAGGCUGAGAUUAGUGAUGUGUGGGGAUGGGAUACGUUGGAGGAAGGUGGCCCAGGUGUCACAUUGGAGGAUGGGUAG